UUACAGCCGGACACGUUCCUACGGCAACGAGCUGAAGCUUCCUCCUGGAGGAUCAUGGGAAACGAUUCUGGCUGCUGAAGCGGAGGGAGUUUCGAAAUAUUUAACCAUUAUCUACGAUAUAACACCUAAAAGCUACAAGUAUGUUAUAAUUCUCGCAAACAUUUGAUGUGAGCAUAACCUGUGAGUAAGGCCUGUGUACUCAGGUUAGGCUUUUUAACGGAACAAUUCUCCGCGCAUCAAGCCAAAUAAGCUAGGUGGCUAAUGCUAGGUAACUGCGCGUUAACGGUUCAAGGAAUGGACGCGUUGUAACAACAUGAAGCAUGAACAAUGUCGGUUAUUGACGCAACCGCAGAACGAUUUCUUAGCAUUAAUAAGAGGGAUAUAUGUAGCUAGCUGUGAAGCAAAUCAGAAUGUCCACAAUGCAGCUAAUAAACUUGCUGCUCGUCAGCCAAAGUCGUCUCGACCAACCUUUCCCGAAUGCAUGACUACGAGGAAGAGCUGAUGCUUCUUUUUAAACAUGGACCUGAAGCUGGAGGUUGUGUUGUCAUCCAGCAUCAAACGGAAGAAGCCAUGGCCACGGUUCUGCUGGCUUGGCCAGGAGAAGGAGUCGGUUUUUCUGUUAGAUGACAAACGGAUCAGUGAGAUCAACCUGGCAUCUGGUCGCACCAAGAAGAGAACUCCUAAACUCCAUCAUUUGCUCAACAGUGUGUUAACAAUGGCUUCAUCCCAAAAUGGCAUGUGGCUUUGCGGACUUUUGGUCUCAGGAGAACUGUUUCUGUGGAACAGAGACAAAGAUUUGUUGAAAACUGCUGCGGCUGUCGAAGAAGUAAUUCAGGCUAUUACUCCUGCUCAAGCUUCCACAAGGCUGUCUCUCCAGGUUUCAUGGGAUGGGAUGCGGGUUCUCCUGGUAGCCAUAACUGGGCAAGUGUUCCUGUGGGAGUGUCUGAAUGUGAGGGAUUUGACAGGACUGCGAGAUGGUCAUGUCAAGGGACGCUGGGCACACAUACAGCCCCUUGAAGAUACCAUUUUACCUUCUUCACAAGACAAAGAAGCAUCCCAACACACCAUCUUUGUGAAGACAGAGGUUUUGGGUGAUUCCUGCUUGUCAGCCUUUGUUUUCACGUGUGGGAAGAAGCUCAUCAUCACCUGCCUUAAAAUACAAUGGAAAGAAUGUCAUGUAGGUUCUUUGGGAUACAGUAUACAGUGGGCUACGAAGACAUACCCCAUGUCUCAUCUCACCCCACCCUGUCAACCAGUAAAGUCCAGAGGUGCCUUGGUGUCGGCCAUCUCCCCAGACGGCCGACUGUUAGCCGUCGUCCUGAACCAGAGGCAGCCGAAGACUACACAGGUCCUCUUUGUGAGCACACAGAAUUUUGUCUCAAUAUCCAGUGACCUUGGAGGAUGUGGAAGUAAAAAAAUGGAGAUCCCUUCCAAAUACAUAAGGUCCUACUGGGUGGGCAGUGUCAGCUGGUCACCUGAAGGCCUUUUCUUGGCCUGUGUUCUGAAGAGAGGCUCCCUUCUUAUGUUGACUCGCCUUGGAGGGCUUCUCACUCUAACAAGCUCUGGCUGCAGUGUUGACUUCGGGCCUGCACAGUUCCUACCACUACACCCUCUGGUGACAUACAGGCCACCAGUGUCUGCAGCCAAAGGGGAGGCCACUCUGUCCAGCUCUAGCCUGUCCGUGCGGGAUGUCCUGAGGCAGCGGUAUUCUGUGACCUGGCAUCCACGACUGAUGUAUUUCAUUGUGUCUGAUGGCUACAUGGCCACAGUUCUGAGGAUGCUAGACAAGCCUUCUCCUUCCCUCUUACUGAAAACACUUGUAAAAGACACUAGCAAGGAUCUGGAGAACGCCAGUCGGAUUCUGGACAAGUCACAGAUUCAUGUGAAGGCAUGGCUGGAGUCAGUAUCGUCCUUGAAUCGAAGUUGCAGCCUAGAAGAGUUCAGAUCGACUGUGACAUGUGGACCCAACACCACAGACUCUGUCAUUUCAGCAGAUGGAUCCACUUUGCCUGCUUUCCUAAUGGAACAGCAGACAUUCGGUGGUACCAGGGAGCUUCUUGAAAGUGUACAGGCUCUCUUCGAGGAUGACUCUGAUGUAGAUGGACUUCCUGCAGGAUCCCACUUGCAGGAUGGUGGUCGUUUGGAGUUUGCCUCAAUGUUUGAUACACUCCAUGCCCUGGACACACACACUGACAGUAGUCCAGAUCAUGAAAAAGACUUUGCUGAAGCAGACAGGAAGGCUCCUCUUCUCCGUAAACUUGGGAAGAUCCAGAGUAGGCUGUUAACAGCCUGGGCUUUUGGCUUGUCUCUAGGAAAUGCUGUGGAACACAGAACCCGUCUGCUGAGGCAUACCCUUUGCUGUGUGGUGCGAUUUGCUGCUCUGCUCCAUUUAAUGCCCAGCUUGAUGGUCCAGACUGGAGAAAAGAGCACCUCAGUUUGCCUCACACACCUCAUCAAAGCCCUCCUGUCAUUUCUCCCCUGGGAUAGGACUCCCUCAGAUGGUCCGUGCUGCUUAGGGCUGAUGGUGGAGUUCAGUAAACGGAUAGUACGUCUUCUGCUCACCCCUCACCCUGACCCCUACCAGACCAGUCAGUGUGAUGUUUCAUCUCAAAGUCUGUCCCAAGUCAUGCUCAUCUUGCAGCUGGUCUCACAUUCUCUUGACCAAACCUACAGCUUGCAGCAAAAAACUGUCUGGUCCUCUGGAGAGAAGGAAAGUUCCUCCCAGCCACCACAGCUCUGGCCUUCAGAUGUAUACUAUGUGCCUCUGCUGCAGGAUGAAACGGAAGGGAAAUCCAGUUCUGUGCAGCAGGCUAGACCUGUUCCCCAGAGACCAUCCAGCAGAUUGUUGGGAGUGUGGCAGCUGGUGUACAAUAUCACCCAAAAGUAUAUGGAAGAACUAAGAAGCUUUCAAGACUGUGACGGCUGGGAAGAGGAGGAGCAACAGUUGUCUGUCAUCAUGCCUCAGAUCCAGACAGCUCUGCAGGCUACAGGAGAAAAGCUAGAGGGAGGCUCUGCACUGCUGAGUUACCCAGGUGAACAUCUAUACCUGUGUGGCUUCUACCCAAAAAGUGCAGAUGUGUGGCAGCUACAAAUUUGUGAGGAAAUUAACAAAAGUUGUGGUCGUAGUGUCUUCCAGGAGACUCGGCUUUGUCUGGCACUCCUGUAUAGUCUGUUAUCACAGUACCAUCUGAGAGAAGCCCAGGAACUGGGGGACCACAUGGCCCAGCUAAUCCUGCACAGGGCUGGACUCCACAAGGACAAUACAAUAGAUUCUCUUCCUUGCUCUUGGCUGCCGAUGGACCUCCACAGUGAUGCAGCCUGUGCAGUGGUUCAGACUCUGGGCAGAUUCAUGGCCUCUUACUUCACCAACCAACCGCUCUACAUCCUGCCCCCUCACAAUGUGGCCGUCCUGCCUCCUUUACAUUUACCUCAUGCCCCCAGCGUUGGGCGUUUGGUGCCGCUGUGCCAGGAGGAGGUUGCUAAAGCAGUUCGACAGCAGCAUCUCUCAGAAGUAUGGACGGUGGACUAUGCUCAGGACCUGCUCCUGAUCGGAGGUCUGCUUCCUGAGACUGUGUGGCUGGCUUAUCAUCUGGGGGACUGGAAGACAGCAGUGUCUCUGAGCCUUGCCUACACCAGUUACUGCACUGACCGUUUAGAUUUCAUGCGGCUCAGGAGGAGAGAGCAACACCUGCCAGCAGCCUUAGAGCCAGCAAGCAUUUUUCAAGCUGAAUUGGAGUGUCUUCUCGACAACAAGACUGACUCUAAAGAGUUCACAAAUAAAGAUGGUGACAAGAGCUUUACAGAUCUUUUGGAAGGAGAAGACUGGGAGUUGUUACAGGUUUCCAUACAGGAGAUUCUGAAGGCAUCAGUCAUGGCGGGAGUGAAUGUUAUGUCCUCACCUUUGUCUUCCAUGCUGGAAACAGCCAAAGACCUGUGUUCUUCCCUGGUUGCUCUGGUGCCAACUGGACUGUACCUGCCUUCCCCACCUCUCUAUUGUCCACAGCCUUCCCCGAACACACAGGACCAAAUCGGGACAAUGAUGCAGUUUGCAGAAGUUGCAUGUCGACACAAAGUGUCUGGGGCUCUCCAGAGAUUGCUCUUACUUCUGAGAUCUAGUCGUUGUUGCUAUCCUGCUGCCCAGUGGUACGUCAGCCGUCUGCGCCGUGCCAGACACCUGCUACAUAAGAUCAAGAAUAAGUAUUCCUAUCCAUCUGCUGUCAAAGAGGAAAAGGCGUUCCCAGAGGGACUGAUGAGGUUUAUUGCUCGUCACGGAUUCUUCAGACGGGGGCCUAAAAACGACGGUCACCUGGACCCUGACACCAUUCAGACUAUUGUCUGCUUCAGGGAGCUGUGUGCUUUAUGCUGGAUGCUUCAUGUGAGGGAUCAGCUCUCCAUUUGCUGCAGAAGGUAUCAGGCUGCCAGACAGCACGGUAGAGAUGAACAGAUGUCUGGUGAUGCAGAAGUAACGUCUGCCUGUGUUGAUGCUCUCCACUGGGCCCGUCGUUUUCUGCCAUUCUGUCGCUUCCUCAAUGCUGAAGAAAUCCUUCAGGACAUACUGCUCAGCCUUGUGUCUGAACUACCGCCUACGUCUCUGGCUGCAGACACACUGGUCCAAGCUUUCCCGGAGGAGGAGGAGUCUGUCAGAGUCCCUUUGAGAGAAAAGUAUAACUCACUGCUGCAGAGACUGAGGCAAUGCAGAGUCCUUGAAGGGGAAAACGAGGAGGAGAAUGAGCUGAUGAUGAUUGUGAUUCAAGACAAAAAAAGGCAAAGGAGAAAACAUCUGGCACGCUUGCAGAGACACCUGGCUCCCCCUGUGCUUCAUCUGUGGGAGAAAGAAGAGGAAAAGGAGGACAAGGGAAGCAAACAUGGGAUGGCCAUGUUAAGACAACUGUCUCUGGGUACAAGCUUGAGCACCAGCACCUUAACUGAAUACGGCUUCCCUCCAGUGUGCAGUGAUGGAGACACAGCAGAGAAUACAUCUGAGGCCAUCUCACCUGAGCAGCACUGCAGAGCCUCAUCCAGACACAAAAGUUCUAAAAAAGUGAAACAAAGAGGACAUGCAAUGAAGACUGUUGUUCAGAUGGAAAGUGUCAUUCAAGAGGAGGGUCAUCGAGGCAGUGCCAAGGAGAAUGAGCCGCCCUCCCCGCCUGUGGUUGGCACCUGGGAGUUUGAGCUGGAAGAUGAGGAGUAUCUAAAUUUCCUGGAGCUCUUCCUCAGCUAUGUGCUUGAAAAGGACAGCACUGAUGGAGGGGACUCAGGCAGCGAACUUCCUCUGCUGAAAGGCUUCUGCUCCCAGCUGAGGGAGAGAGAGUUGCAUUCUCUCACCUUCGAUGUGCUCAGCACUAUACAUCGUCGUCAACGAGAUGGGCACCAUUCUGCAAGAAAACACUUCAGCAAUGAACCGCCAGUGUUCAGAGCUGGCUGUUGCUACAAGCCUGUAAAAGAAGGUACAUCUCCUGAGCAGCAAACUCCCUCUGUCUUGAGUGAAACCCCGAUAUCCAGGACUAGCCUUUCUGUCAGCUCUCAUCCUGGAUGGAGAACUGGGAGACAAAAAGGUUUGUUUGGCCUCCGACAGCAAAGCCGCAUUCCUGUAGACCAAAGAGUGAAAGGAGCUCCUAUUGGUUCUGAAACCAGCCCUGUUCAAAGUGCCUUUACCACGGGGAAGCCAUCGGAGAGCUUCAUAUUUGGCUCCUCAAUGUCUGUGGAAGCUGUGACUGAACUGCAGCAGGGCCUGGAUCCUCAAUUAGAAGCUCAGUUUCCAGAGCUGGCCAGGUUGCUGGAGUGGAUGGUACGCUGGGCUGACAGAAGGGUGCUGCUGGGACAUCAUGGUAAAAAGAAGAAAGAUAAAGGAGGAAGAGUUGGGGGAGCAGCUGAUGAGGGAGUUGUGAUUCGUGUCAAAGCCUCAGCACCUGCCAUCCUCACGUCCCUCAGUUUGUUGGAGUGCAAGUACUCUGCUUUACUCGGGACUGACCGCUGCAGUGCCCACAUCCAAGUACCGGAAAUGCAAUUGACCGUAGCCCCUGUGCUGCACCCUGAGGUGGAUAGGAAGCUGGAGAGAGAGAGCAGCGUGGAUACAGGCUACCCUGGAUCAGCCAACACUCUCAUCGCUGGUCUUGAUCAUAACCUACAGCAAGAAGACCUAUCCAUUGCUUCUUGUACAGAUGAACCAGAAGAGCUGACAUUUCAGAGGACGCCUCUCCCUUCUGACCAGCAUCAACUGACCUUUGAUUCACUGCAGAGACAAUCCAGUUCCCAGCAACCAUCUCUGGAUGACUUGGAUGUUACAUCUGAAAAAGAAGGCAGAGGUAGUGACAGUGAAGGCUUGGAUGUGUCUUCCUCUGAUUCUGAUGGGAAAAUCUCUGGAAACAUCUGCACACCCGAAACAAGUUUAAAGCUUGCAGACCUAGAUUUGUCAGAAAAGGCUGACGAUACGUCCAGUUCCACCUCUAUCCGCAGUUAUGCUGGAAGCCUACAUCCUCCUCCACACCCAGAGCCCCCUGCUCCUCCCACUGUCCAGCCUCAGGCUACAGUUCGUGCAGGACUUUCCGAUUCAGCUGCCGUGCUGCAGCCCAAUACAGCUGUAGAUCCUCCAACCCCUCAGGCACAAAGCUCCACAGGUGAUGCACCUGCUGUGGAUUCUACAACCGGCAAUCAGACAUCGACCGGCCAGACUCCAGCAAUGAGACAGCGUCUGGGUGAAGACUUAUUCAGGCUGGUUCAGAAUAUCAACUACAUGAGUAUGAUGGAAGUUUUGGGAGCUUCAUUUUCCAGCCUACAACUUGCCCAGCAGAGCUUUUCUUUGGCCCAGUCUGACAUGAACUCCUCACACCCUAAUGUGCCAUCAUCUUUCAACACCAGAUUCAUCCCUCAACCAAACGUCGUACCCACUCAAAGUACCAUGUCUGCAGCACCUCAAGUGCAUUCAUCUGUGCCAAACACAGGAUCCAACAACCCUCAGCUCUGUCAGAACCCUGUGAGUAUGUUUGCAGCUCAGCCUGCCAUGCCAAGCUCAGCGAAAUCCUCUUCAGCAGGCAACCAGUAUCAAAACAACAUGAAUCUACCCUCCAGUGCCAGUGGUGCAGGGGUAAAUAAUCAGGAAAUGCAGCCACUUUCUGUCCAGGCACCAGAGUCACCAGAAAUCCAGUUGAGGGAGAACAGGAGGUUGAUUCCAUCCUCCCAGGGGCUCCUGGCCACGACUGACACCAGUCAAGCUAUUCAUAAUACUCCAGGACUGCUGCCUUCUGAUGGCAGCAUCCAAAAUGAUUCCACAUCUCAGCUUCUUGGCCUGAAGUUACUUCAGCUCCACCGUCCUCUUUCUUUGCCCCAGGAAAGUACCACACACUAUCCACCAGUGCAGCUGCAACAGAUGCUGCACGCUGCAAACCCUGCAACUGUUUGCAGCAACGACCAAGCAACCUCAAACAGAUCAGGUGGAGAAAAAAGAAACAAACCUUCAGUUCCAAAGAGACAACUGAGUUUUAAUCCUCUGCAAGAACCAGCUCUCAGAAACACUCAACCCCACAUCUGGCCAUCAGAGCAGUCCAGAGGUCAACAGUUCUCAGUGCUUCCCUCUGCUUUACCAGCCCACACACCUGCACCGAUGCAAAGCCUUCGUCCGCUGCCCUUUGAGUCUGUCUCACACAACAACGUCACCUUCCCCAGAAUACCUUCACCAUCUACCUCCAGACCUUCCACUGUCAUUGCAGCUACAUUACAAGAAGCACCUGCGAUCAAGCUUCUACAUAUUGAAUCCAGGCCAAAAAUGAUGCUGCCCCUGGCUGCUCCUCCAACUCAUAUGACCCGUCUCAUGUCUAUGGAGGAACUGAGUUCAGUGAUGGGGAGGCAGAAUGCUGAAGAGGCCCAACUGCAGCUGCUUAGAGUAGACACGUCCACUGAAAGCACCAGGAAGGCUGCUAAUUCUUCAGGCUCUAAGUCCAGCAAAAGGCAAAAGAGGAGAGAGGGGAAAGCCGAGAAGGCAAGAAAAACAGAAGUGACAUUCAGACCAAACGAGUCUAUCAUCCCUCCACAAGAGCCAGAAAACGUGCCUGUAAGUGAGGAUCCUGCAGUUGUUGAAGAGGUCACCCCUGUACGGGAUAUUACAGGAUCCUUUGACUCUUCGUUGACUGGUCAAAGAUUGUUGGAAAAGGUCGUGUCCACUUCGGCUGAGCUCCAUGCCUUUGCUUCGACACGUAAACGACCACCAGAGUGCCAUGAUGCUUUCACCAACACAGACCCAGCCUCUUCUCCGAUGCUGGUUGAUAAAGCCGUGUCUGCCCGGGCCUCUGUGACGGCCAGUAGCCCUAAAUCGCAAAGUUCGGGAAUUUUCCAGAUGUGUAAUGAAAACCACUUUCAAGACGCAGAAGAGACCCCACAGGAACCAGAGAGGAUCCUGGACCUGGGUGGCCGUCAGUUUUUAAGUGUUUUAGAUUUAGAGGACAUGAUGCAGCAUCAGGAUGUGCUGCCGUGUCCCAGCCCAGGAGCACAGGAUGUUCCUUCUAUUCGCCCUUCUUCCCCUACUUCUGCUCAGCUUCAUGUUCUUGCAACAUCUGUUAUAAGGAGUUCUGCUGCUGGUGCUGAUCCACAACCCUCAGUUACUAUUCCACAGGAUCUCCUGACACCGAAAACUCACCCAGAUAUUCCUGAAGAGUUUCCCUCCUUGAGCCACAUUGAGCCCAGUAGAGUUUCAGAGAGAAUCGCUCCACAAGACAGUGUGAUGAUUGAUCCGUCUGACUCUGAGGUCUGUCAGGCCAUAAAAACACAGAGUCUUGCACCUCGUGGAGCCUCCUCCUCACCUCCCACAGUCUGGUUCUCCUCUCGCCUGACAGAGCUGGACACCCAGCUGGCUGCUCUGCAGAACAUUGCAGAUCAUCUGGAAAAAGACUUCUCAAACUCCAGGAUGCUGGUGAAUGACAUUGAAAAGCUCACCCCAGAUGUGGCUCCUGAUGUGAAGACGAAGAAAACUGUCAGACUUUCUGUCCCACAGAAAGCGUGGCCACCAAGACCUGAUCCAGAUCUUUUAUUUGAACGGAAUGCCUAUGAAGACGACAAUCCAGAAGAUGAAUAUGUGGUUCCUGAGAGAACACCUUCUUUUCAUCAUUCUGCUUCCCCUCACAGUCCCCAAGCUGGCCCUUCCUACCUUCAGACCCUACCAAGGAUUGAAGAUCAGAUUACUGAAGAAUAUGGGUUGUCUCAUGUAUGGGCAGAUGAGGAUCUGGCUCAAACUGGGCUAUCCGAUACAGCAGAACUCUUAGCCGAGUUGGUAAAGGAAGGCUAUUUAUCUCCAGCUGACUUGGAUUUGUCCUCUUCACAGACUGCACAUGCUAACAGUAAUAUGACCUGCAGCAGGCAGGAACAGCCACAAACCAGCUGGAUGUCACAGAAACGAGUCCUUCCAGAGGAUGAGAGGAGAGAGCUGAGGAUCUGGAUGAGAAGGAAACAAAGGGAAAGACUGGCUGUGUAUCAGAAACAAAGGGAAAGCCUGAGAGAGAGGGAGCGCAAACCUUUCUCCAGCUCUUCAGCAGCGCAAUCAACAAACAGAAAUCGAGCGACUGUUGGGAGAACCGAAAAGGAAAAAGAAAAGUUUGUGCUUCUGGAACAAUUCAACCAGAGGACCCGUGAGGCUUGUUCUUUGGCCAGGGAUUUUCCCAACUCUACUAUAACCCUGCACAGUUCUUCUGAAGUUCUUCCAGUGACCUCCACCGCACGGUUGACCUCCGCUCCACCCCCACACAGGACUUCCAGUGCUGCUGUUGUUGAUAAAAGAAGUCUUAAGCCCCACUCAGGACAAGCUCCUCCCCAUCUUCACUCACAGUCUGCGGAUGUGCCGUGGCAGCCUUCAGAAGAUUUCCACAGGAGACUGGGACUACAUAGACCAGCAACGUUUUUGCCAAAAGACCGUCUGUCUCAGGUGACCAGGCGUGGCAUGAUCUCUGACACAAAGAGCCAAACUAAACCACACGCAGCCAACCAGAGUGAGGAACGACAUGUUGGAUACCAGAGAAAGAUGGGAGUGAACAGAGGUGUUGGAGCAGGUAUAGCUGUAGGAAGAGGGAUCCUGUGGGAGCAGUCAAGAAUAGAAGAGAGAGAAGAAGUGGACCGUCCAGAAUUUAACAGGCUGCAGGGCCCAGAGGGGUCUAACAUUGCUUUGGCUGGGAUUUUCAAUGACCAGGAUGAAGGUGCCAGAGCUGCUGUUUCAGGGAUGGACUGGUUGGACAAUCUCUCUGGAAGCGCAAGCAGCACCCUCAGCAAAAUAGACUGGGCUGCUAUCGAGAGGAUGGUGGCUGAAGAAGAAUCUUGAGUGUUUCAAGGACAGAAAAAAGUGCCACCUUGAUAUUUAAGUAGAUGAUAUAUUACCUGAAAAAUAAUAUGCCAACAGUUCUUGUGCCAUUUGCAAAUAUUGUAAAUUAGAUGUGUUUUAAACUGUGAUAAUAUAACGUUUCAUACACUAAAUUGAUUUUAUAUGAUCAACAGUGAUAUUUAAUAUCAUAAAAAUAUCUUUAUAGGCUGUACGUCCCACUGAUGUCUGCUGUGAUGUUGUGAAAAUGUACGUUUGUGUCAUUUGUGUCUAAAGUUUUCUACAUUUAUACUUUAUUUUUGCACACAUUUGGCUGCCUUAACAAAUAAAAAACUUCAAGGCUG